AUGCCUGACGCACAAAUCAAACGGGUCGCUGUGGUAGGAGCCGGGCCGGCUGGGGCGAUAACGAUUGAUGCCCUAGCCCAAGAGAAGACAUUCGACAUCAUUCGUGUCUUUGAGAGGCGCGAAGGUCCAGGCGGUUGUUGGAUUGGGGAAACGACGCAGCCACCCGUGCUUUCAGACUUCAAGGCCUUGUCAGACAGGACGGCUGAUGUCCCACUAUGCAUCCCCAAGCGUAUACCGGCGCAAACUUCCAAGUCGGGUGUGCAGCGUUUUGACGAUUCAUCUGUAUAUCCGUACCUGGAGACGAACAUUGAUUUCCUCCCCAUGGAGUUUUCUCAGGAGCUAUUUCCAAAAGAUAAAAGUGAGUUGUCUGUAUCAACAUACGGGUCUAAUACCCCAUUCCGUCGAUGGGACGUAGUCCGACGGUAUAUUACAGGUCUGGUCGACAGACGAGGCUACAACGAUCUGAUCUCCUACAACACAACGGUUGAACGAGCAGAGAAGUUAGGAGCCGAGUGGAAGUUGACAAUCAGAAAGUCUGGAAAAGACAGUGAUUAUUGGUGGAUCGAAUGGUUCGACGCUGUUGUAGUAGCAAGCGGUCACUAUUGGGUGCCUUACAUACCAGAGAUUCCUGGCAUGGAACAAUUUCAGAAGAACAGACCCGGAAGUGUGCUUCAUAGCAAGCAAUUUCGAGGAAGAGAUCAAUUUGCGGGGAAGCGGGUGGUCGUGGUUGGAGCUUCGGUCUCAGCUGCAGAUAUUGCGUUUGACUUGACCAAUACAGCCAGGACACCCGUACAUGCCAUCACGAUUGGUCAUUCGGCGAAUGGUUAUUUUGGGGACGAAGCAUUCAACCAUCCAUCAAUCGAGAGGCAUCCUUCAAUUGCUCGAGUCGAGAAAAGGACAGUGCACCUCAUUGAUGGAAGAGCUAUUGCCGACGUGGAUUUUAUCAUUUUCGGAACAGGAUACAGCUGGACGCUUCCUUUCCUUCCUCAGGUCCCUGUGCGAAAUAAUCGUGUGCCUGGGUUGUAUCAACACAUUGUAUGGCAAGAAGACCCGACGCUCCUUUUCGUUGGCGCCGUUGCCGCUGGUUUAACAUUCAAGGUCUUUGAAUGGCAAGCUGUGUUCGUGGCUCGGGUAUUAGCAAAAAGGGCCACACUCCCAUCGCUUGUCGACAUGAAACAAUGGGAAACCGACAGGAUCAAGGCGCGUGGAGAUGGGGUCAAGUUCACGUUGGUCUUUCCAGACUUUGAAGACUACUUUGAACGACUUAGAACCAUGGCUGGGGAUGAUAAGAUGCAAGAAAAGGGGAGAAAGCUGCCCAAAUUUCGACGAGAGUGGGUACGUGCAUUUCUAGACGGUCAUGAACUACGGAAAAGAAUGUGGCGAAGACGUAACGAACAAGCACGGGAGGCACUCGAAAGCAUACAAGCGUCCAAAUCGGGGACUAAGGCACGGCUUUGA